CAGUCCCCAAGUCCUUUGCCACACAGGGACACACAAAUGCACAGCACUCAGGAUCAUUCACAUGAAAAGCAUUGAUCUGGCUCCGCUCGUCCCUGAAACAUCACAUUCCUUAUCCUGUUGACCCGGUUUCAGCAGCGAUACGGCAUUUCAACCCCACCCAUGGUGCCGUCUCUCACCGCUGCUAUUUCUUACGGAGAUAUUCCAUCUAACUCCGACCCAGGAGAUAGCAUGAUGACCAACGUUGGCAUUAUUCCGCAGGAAUUGGUCGACUCCAUCAUCGACGAAAUCCCAGUCGACGAUCCUGAUACCCUUCGCAGCUGCACACUAGUCAACCGUUCUUUCUUUCCCCGUUCUCAUAAGCGGUUGUUCUCGACCAUCAUCCUGCGCAGCUGCUCAUACAAGCAUGCCAAUGCUAGUAUCGACCCUUAUCGACGUUUUAUGCGUUUUGUGUCUCUCUAUGCACAUUACGCUUCACUGGUCAAGGAUAUACAACUUCACGACGUCUAUCUACCUGUUUCAGGCUCUUGGUUCACCCAGGAUGAUAAUGUAAUUCCGCAAAUUCUCUCGCGCCUGCCGCACCUAGAGUCCAUAUCUAUCUCAUCAUUUGACUGCUGUCUUUCUUUCCCUAUUAUGUCCGCUCUCCGCAAUCUAUUCGCCUCCCCGAAACUCCGGAGCAUUUCCUUUUCCAAGGUUGUGUUCUACAGUCCAUCAUAUCCACUUUUAUCUUUAUUCUCGCGCGCAUCGGGUUCCAAGGCCAUUCAGAUUCAUGGCGGCGUCUCUUAUGGUGCACAUUAUGAGACUCCGCCACCUACAACGAAUCAUCCAUCCUGCCAGGUAGAUUCACUGUCUAUCAAGAUGUAUCCGGCUGCAGCGGCCGACUUUAUCGACUGUCUUCUAAGCCGCCGCUCAGCCGUCGACGUCAGCUCCCUGAGGAAACUACAUAUAUGGACAACAUGGAUGAAACACGCAGCCAUUUUCAAUCAACUUUUGGCUGCUACAAAGAGCACUUUGGAGGAAGUUGUCGUUCAUACUUCCAAUUCUUCAUCGCGCCAACUGGACAUCAGCCAUGUGCCGCGUAUUCGGUGCUUUGUCAUGUGCUUGAUGUCGAACUUUUCUCCUCCUUUGACCGCACUGGCAAGCCUCUUUGGUGGCCGGCCUCGUGAGCCGUGCCUCAUGGAAGAGGUAGAUCUGCAUCUGCUAGUCAAGCCUGAGAUGCUGCUUCAGUUUCCAUCUUCUGAUGGAGCAGCGCUGGAUGAUAUUCUUGUCAAUGUUCGACGUCCAUGUUAACAUCCACCUCACG